AUGGCCGUGCACACGCCCACCGGCGCCGCGUCCCCGACGGCGCACGACUUCGGCCCCGACGGCGACCGGGCCCCGGCGCGGUCCGUGCUCGAGAUCGUGCGGGACGUCGCCGGCGUCGGCCCGAACGACAUCGCGCCCGAGUGGAGAUUGUUGUGGUCGUCCGCCGCCGCGGCCAUGGCUGUGGGCGCGAGCGGCGGCCUCGGGCAAUUGACGCCGCCGCCGAACCAGCAAUCUAGGGACCUGCUGCCGGCGACGGUGUCCCCCAACGUGCAAAGGCUCAGCGUGCCGCGGCCCGUGCUGCCGCCGCCGCCGUCCGUCGAGCCCGCGCGGCCGUCCGUGUUACCCGACGUGAUCCGACGGAACGUGCUGCAGGAGGCGCGGAGCCUGUCGGCGAACCAGGUCGACGACCGCCGCGCGCCGCCGGCGCGAAAAACGAAUGGGCGGCCCCACAACAAGGCCGCCGACCACUACCGGCAAGGGGCCGCGCUGCCUCGAUUAGAACGGCGUCGCGCCCCAGCGCCGGCCGCGGGCGGCCCGGUCCGCAAGAACCGACGGCGGAAGGGCGGCCUCAAGGCCUACGGCGGCGCGGCGCCCGCGCGGCGCGCGGCGCCGCCCGCGCGCGAGGCGGCGAAGCCCAUGCCGCGCGUCGACGCCGACGCGUUGAGGGCUAUCGUGGGGGACAUGCCGAACGUGAAGAAGAAGGAGAUGCUUCUCGAGAUGCUGUUGGAUUAUGACGGGCUGCCUCCAGGGGUGCCUUCGUUCGCGGGGCGGUGAUAAUAUCGGGUUUAUUGUA